GUCCAAUCGGGCGCUGGGAAGAGGACUGCACUCUCAAGGGCGCCGCCAAAGGAGCGGGCAGCUUCCGGGACCUGGCGGGGCUUUUGUGUUGGGCAGCGUGAAUCUGGCGAGCUCGGUGCGUCUCCGCUGCUCCUUCCCCUUAUCCCUGGGAGGUCCAAGUGGUCCCGCGGCAUCUUCUGUUGCUCUGGGACCUGCAGGUCCCGGAAGGUCCUUAGGGAGGACCCCAGACCGGAGACUGGGAAAUGGAUUCAGUGUCAUUUGAAGAUGUGGCUGUGGCCUUUACCCAGGAGGAGUGGGCUUUGCUGGAUCCUUCUCAAAAGAAUCUCUACAGAGAUGUGAUGCAAGAAAUCUUCAGGAACCUGGCGUCCGUAGGAAACAAAUCAGAAGACCAGAAUAUCCAAGAUGACUUCAAAAAUCCUGGGAGAAAUCUAAGCAGUCAUGUGGUAGAGAGACUGUUUGCAAUUAAGGAAGGCAGUCAAUAUGGAGAAACCUUCAGCCAGGAUUCAAAUUUGAAUCUGAAUAAGAAAGUUUCUACUGGAGUAAAGCCGUGUGAAUGCAGUGUGUGUGGAAAAGUCUUCAUAUGUCAUUCAGCCCUUCAUAGGCACAUCCUAUCUCACACUGGAAACAAACUGUUUGAGUGUGAGGAAUGUCCAGAGAAGUUAUAUCAUUGCAAACAAUGUGGGAGAGCCUUUAUCUCUCUCACCAGUGUUGACAGACACAUGGUAACACACAGUAGUAAUGGGCCUUAUAAGGGUCCAGUGUAUGAGAAGCCUUUUGAUUUUCCUAGUGUAUUUCAAAUGCCUCAGAGCACUUACACUGGAGAGAAAACAUAUAAAUGUAAACAUUGUGAUAAAGCCUUCAGUUAUUCAAGUUAUCUUCGUGAACAUGAAAGAACUCAUACUGGAGAGAAACCCUAUGCGUGUAAGAAAUGUGGUAAAUCAUUCACUUUUUCCAGUUCUCUUCGCCAACAUGAAAGAUCUCAUACUGGAGAGAAACCCUAUGAAUGUAAGGAAUGUGGCAAAGCCUUCAGUCGUUCCACUUACUUGGGAAUACAUGAAAGAACGCAUACUGGAGAAAAACCCUAUGAAUGUAUAAAAUGUGGCAAAGCCUUUAGAUGUUCCAGAGUCCUCAGAGUCCAUGAAAGGUCUCACAGUGGAGAAAAGCCCUAUGAAUGUAAACAAUGUGGUAAAGCCUUCAAAUAUUCUAGUAACCUAUGCGAGCAUGAAAGAACUCACACUGGAGUGAAACCUUAUGGAUGUAAGGAAUGUGGUAAGUCGUUUACUUCUUCCAGUGCCCUUCGAAGCCAUGAAAGGACUCAUACUGGAGAAAAACCCUAUGAAUGUAAGAAAUGUGGUAAAGCCUUCAGUUGUUCCAGUUCCCUUCGAAAGCAUGAAAGAGCUUAUAUGUGGUAAAAAACAACAACAAAACACCUCUGUGAAUUUAAGAAGUGUGUUAAAGCUUUCAGUUAUUCUAGUUUCAUUAGAACACGUGAAAAAAUUAAAAACUCACACUAGAGAGAAACCCAACACAUGUAAGGAAGAUUAGAAUGUAUGCAAUUUUCCUAGUUCCCUUCUAAAACUUAGAAGAACCCGUCCUGGGAAAGAACGUCAUAAAAUAGGAAAAAUGUGUUAAAACACUUAAUUUUCCCAGUGGCUUUCAAAUGUAUUUUUAACAGUGGUUCAUUGUUAAAGAAGGUGUCUGUACUUCAGAUUUUCAAUUUUUUUGCAAGGAAUCAUGGAGCUGAGAAUUUCAUAGGUACUUUAUAAGCCAUACUACAUGAGCUUAAUGGGCCGUGUUUUGUUUUGUUUUGUUUCUCGCCAGUUAACAUAAUUUUUGUCUAGUCAUUUAAAAAUUUGUUGGAUCCCUAGACUGAGUUGAAAUGUAUUUCUAAUAGUAGGCAAUUUUAAUUUUCUUUUUUUUUUUUUUUUUUUUUUUUUGCCUUCAAGCAUCUGUUUAACAAAGCACAUCUUGCACCACCCUUAAUCCAUUUAACCCUGAGUUGACACAGCACAUGUUUCAGAGAGCAGGGGGCUGGGGGAAAGGCCAUAGAUCAACAGCAUCCCAAGGCAGAAGAAUUUCUCCUAGUCAGAACAAAAUGGAGUCUCCUAUGCCCACCCCUUUCUACACAGACACAGCAACAAUCUGAUCUCUCCUUCCUUUCCCCACACUUCCUCCCCUUCUCUUCAACGAAACCGCCAUCGUCCUCAUGGCCCGCUCCCGAUGGUCGCUGUCUCUUCGGAGCUGUUGGGUACACCUCCCAGACAGGGCAGCCGGGCAGAGGCGCUCCUCACCUCCCAGACAGGGCGGCUGGGCAGAGGCGCCCCUCGCUUCCCAGACGGGGCCGCCCGGGCAGAGGCGCUCCUCUCCUCCCAGACGGGGUGGCCGGGCAGAGGCGCUCCUCACUUCCCCGACGGGGCCGCCCGGGCAGAGGCGCUCCUCGCUUCCCAGACGGGGCCGCCCGGGCAGAGGCGCUCCUCAGUUCCUCCCAGACCGGGUGGCAGCCGGGCAGAGGCGCUCCUCACCUCCCAGACGGGGCGGCCGGGCAGAGGCGCUCCUCACUUCCCCGACGGGGCGGCCGAGCAGAGGCGCUCCUCACUUCCCAGAGGGGGCGGCCGAGCAGAGGCGCUCCUCACUUCCCAGAGGGGGCGGCCGGGCAGAGGCGCUCCUCACUUCCCAGACGGGGCGGCCGGGCAGAGACGCUCCUCACUUCCUCCCAGAUGGGGUGGCGGCCAGGCAGAGGCGCUCCUCACCUCCCAGACAGGGCGGCCGGGCAGAGGCGCUCCUCACUUCCCAGACUGGGCGGCCGGGCAGAGGCGCUCCUCACCUCCCAGACGGGGCGACCAGGCAGAGGCGCUCCUCACUUCCCAGACGGUGUGGCGGCUGGGCAGAGGUGCUCCUCCCUUCCCAGAUGGGGCAGCCAGGCAGAGGCGCUCCUCACUUCCCAGACGGUGUGGCGGCCGGGCAGAGGCGCUCCUCCCUUCCCAGAUGUGGCAGCCAGGCAGAGGCGCUCCUCACUUCCUCCCAGACGGGGUGGCGGCCAGGCAGAGGCGCUCCUCACUUCCCAGAGGGGGCGGCCGGGCAGAGGUGCUCCUCACUUCCUCCCAGACGGGGUGGCAGCCGGGCAGAGGCACUCCUCACCUCCCAGACGGGGCGGCCGGGCAGAGGUGCUCCUCAUCUCCCAGACGGGGCGGCCGGGCAGAGGUGCUCCUCAUCUCCCAGACGGGGCAGCCGGGCAGAGGUGCUCCUCAUUUCCUCCCAGACGGGGUGACGGCCGGGCAGAGGCACUCCUCACCUCCCAGACGGGGCGGCUGGGCAGAGGCGCUCCUCAUCUCCCAGAAGGGGCGGCUGGGCAGAGGCGCUCCUCACUUCCCAUAUGGGGUGGCAGCCGGGCAGAGGCGCUCCUCACUUCCCAGACGGGGUGGCGGCCAGGCAGAGGCGCUCCUCACUUCCCAGAUAGGGCAACAGGGCAGAGGCGCUCCUCACUUCCUCCCAGACGGGGUGGCAGCCGGGCAGAGGCGCUCCUCACAUCCCAGAUGAUGGGCGGCCGGGCAGAGGCGCUCCUCACUUCCCGGAUAGGGCGGCCGGGCAUAGGGGCUCCUCACAUCCCAGACGAUGGGCGGCCAGGCAGAGACGCUCCUCACUUCCUAGACGGGGUGGCGGUGGGGCAGAGGCUGUAAUCUUAGCACUUUAAGAGGCCAAGGCAGGAGGCUGGUAGGUGGAGGUUGCAGAGAGCCGAGAUCACACCACUGCACUCCAGCCUGAGCACCAUUGAGCAUUGAGUUAGCGAGACUCCGUCUGCAAUCCCAGCACCUCGGGAGGCCGAGGCAGGCAGAUCACUCGAGGCCAGGAGCUGGAGACCAGCCCGGUCAACACGGCGAAACCCCGUCUCCACCAAAAAUACAAAAACCAUUCAGGCGUGGCGGCGCGCGCCUGCAAUCCCAGGCACUCAGCAGGCCAAGGCAGGAGAGUCACAGGAGCCCGAGGCAGGGAGGUUGCAGCAAGCCGAGAUCCCGGCAGUACAGUCCAGCUUCGGCAACAGAGGGAGACCGAAAAAAGAAGGAGAGGGAGACCGAAAAAAAGAGGGGAGAGGGAGAGGGAGAGGGAGAGGGAGAGGGAGAGGGAGAGGGAGGGAGAGGGAGAGGGAGAGGGAGAGGGAGAGGGAGAGGGAGAGGGAGAGGGAGAGCGGCAGUUUUAAUUUUCAUGUAGUUGUUUAAUUGUUCUCUAAGUAAUGGACCAUUGAAAAAUGAGUUGUUGUUAAUUGUUGGAAAUUUCUUACUGAUCUUAUGUGGCAAGUUUUGGUUAUUCCUCCCCCAUUUUAUGCGUGUGUGUGUGUGUGUGUGUGUGUGUGUGUGUGUGUGUGAAUUUAUUCUACCUUUUUAUGGGAAAACUACUUUUUUGUUGUAAAGAUUUUCUUCUAUUUUCUUUGCUAAUAAAGAGUUGUUAUUAAUUUGCAUGUAUGUGAAGUUUAUAUAGUCUCAUGUACAUUAUUAUUUUCAUUUUCUUUCCUUUAUUCUUUGUCAUUAUUUUUGGCUGUUAUUUGCAUAGUUCACUUUUUAAAAAAAUGUUAUGUUUUUAGAGAGGGUCUCACUCUGUCAGCUAGGCUGAAGUGUAGUGGUAUAGUCAUAACUCACUGCAGCCUCAAACUCCUGGGCUCAAGUGAUUCUCUCACCUUAGCCUCCUAUGUAGCUGGAGCUACAGACACAUGCCACCAUGCCCAGCUAAUUAUAUAAUUUUUAAAAUUUUUUAUAGAGAUGGGAUCUCGCUAUAUUGUCUAGGCUGGUCUUGAACUCCUGGCCUCAAGCUAUCCUCCUGCCUCAGCCUCUCUACAUGUUGGGGUUACUGACAUGAGCUACCACACCUGGCCCACUUUUUACUUUGAAUUAAGAAGAGAGAACCGUGAUUGGAUAGUAUGCUUGUCUAAUCUGAGUGUGAAAGCAUUCAGUCUCACCAUCAAGUAUAUUGUAGAUUUUUCAUGAAUAUUCUCAAACAGGCUCAGGAAGUUUUCUUGUGUUUUUUAUUUAUUGUUUCAUGGUAAAGGAGUGUUGAACUCUUAUGACAUGUUUUUUUCUGCAUCUAUUGAGAUGAUUUGUGGUUUUUGGCAUUCUAUUAAUAGUCUGUUAACUGGCUUUCAGAUAUAAAUAUAUUAUGGUUAUUUGGGUGAAAUUUGUCUUCAUCAUGGAAUAUAAGUAUUUUAUCUACAGGUUGAACAUCUGUAAACCCCAGAUUCCAAAUACCAAAUCUGAAAUGCUCUGAAGUCAAAAACUGUUGAGCACCAACCAGUCUUAUGCUCAACAGAAAUGCUCAUUAGAGGAUUUUUGAUUUUUGGAUUAGGAAUGCUCAUCCAGUAAGUUUUCUGCAAAUAUUCCAAAAAUUUUAAAAGUCUGAAAUCCAAAGCACUUCCGUUCCCAAGUAUUUCAGAUAAGAAACACUCAACUCAUACUGAUAACGUUCAAUUUUCCAGUGUAUUGUUGGGGCCUUUUGCAUUUAUAGUCAAAUUGGUGUGCCCUAGUAUACCAUAUAGUAUAGCAUCACCUAGUAUAUAUAGCAUGUCUACAUGUAUACUUAUAUGUGUAUAAAUAGCUAUAUAAUGUGGAGUAUAGUGCAGUUUUGUAAGUUAGUAUGAAUUAUGCAUAACUAGUUUAUAUUAUGUGUAAUUAGCACUACAAUAAAUUGUAUAUUACAGGAUUAUGGCAUUAUAACAUACUAUUUUGAUCUUAUCAGUCUGUAGUCUAACAUAUUUCAGUUGCCUACCAUUCCACAGAUGCAUUUAAACAAACCAAUUGCAUCCUCAUGAGAACCGAGGAGCAUCUCACGUUCUUGUUACUACAAAGCAUUCCCCUUACACCCUGUUUGUUCUGGUCUGCUCCCUAGUGCAAGUCUUGUGUGGACCAGCCUGAUUUACAGUACCCUCCCUCUUUUGUCUAUGAGUAUAUGUAACUAAUAACUGCUCUCAGUCUUAUCUGUACAAUCAUGGGUGUCAUGUGUUUUCCCAGUAGUCUUAGGGUCCUAAUUUUUCCUGUCACCCAUGAGACUGUGAAAACAAUUGGCAUUACCAACAGAGUGAACCAGCCAUGACUGAUGGUAUCUUUUCAGCUUUAACUACCUGCUUUUGUCUAACUGGUUCCAUAAUAUAACAGAAGUCACCUGAAUUAGAACCAGCAAUUGAUGAUGGACUUUCACUUUGGUCUACACAGUGCUUUGUGUUAUCAGCUCUUGCCACCUCGUCCCACAGUAAAACUCUCAACUCCUAGACAUGAUUGGUUAACCGGCCAUUCCCCAGGAGGAUGUAUGUUCCACCUUGACCUGUGUUUGGCCAGCAGUUUCCAAGGUACCCCACAUUGAGGCAGUGACCCAGCACCUUCACCACUGGCUUCUUUAUUCCUGAUUAUCAAAAGUCAGACUACUGCUCUGUGGUAACUGCAUCUCGUUUGGUUGCCAUCACUGGAUGCUUGGAUUGGCCUUGUGAACAUUAUUACUGUACACACUUGGGACAGCUCCAGGGAUUUUGUGUGUGUGAAGUUGCAGAAAGGAAGAAUGUCCCCAUGCUGGGGAGAAUUAAGCAUGUCACCUAAUUGUGUAACAAGAUGACUUGUGCAAGGCUAGUGGCCUUGAGUGUUUUCUUGUGCUGCUGCUUUUUUGUGCAUUCUUCUGAUGAGGUGCACAUCCAUCGUGCCUCAUGGUCCAGGCACUGAUGAGUCAAGAAAAGAAGGGGAAGAAGCAUUUGGCAUUAGCCUCUUUCAUUGCAGAACCUCUAUCUAGUAUAUGGGCUUCUUUUAGCACUACUGAUCAGCAUACCAAAGGCCUAACGUUGCAAUCUAGAUGGCCUUAGUCAAAAUGACCUUACUGUAUGUUGCUAACACCAGCAAGAUUGAAUGGCACUCACUGGAGGAUUAGGUGGUCUUCAAUGUGGGUUGAUGGACUCCUGAACUGUUUUCUUUAACCACACAGAUUGCCCACACUACCGAUAAAUCAAAUGCUGCUAUUUUGCAUGAGAAGAAUUAAAAGAUAGUCUGAAGCAGUUUUUAUAGAAAGAAGAGAAAAGCAGUCAUAUGUCAUGCUGUGGUCCAGAAACCUAAUAGCCGAUGGCCAACUGGGACACUGAAAUUUCUGUACUGCUACUGCCUAUGUUUCUAUCACAACAAAUAUCCUGAUCCCUGACUGUUAAGGAUUGAGAACUGUCCUCCAAGUUGUAUUGGACUGGCCCAAUUCUACUCUCUUUCUUACUUGCAGUUCUCAAGAAUAAGUGUAGAAUGUGCUGGGAAUGCAGCAUCCUGAAAUCAGGAGAGCAUGGUAGAACAGCCCAGACUUACAGUCUUCACAAGAAAUACAAUGUCUCAACACUUUUGGUCAGUGAGUCAGGUGAUCCUGGGCUAUAAAACCUGGGCUGGGCUAUUCUCUGGAGUCUCUUAACUGUGUUGCAAGUGGGGCAAAUGCAAUCAAAAUUCCAUCCUUCCAGGCAACUUCUCUGAACCUCAGGGGACCACAUCACAUUGAACUGUAGACUUCUCAUCUUCUUUGAUGCCUUUAUAAGUAAUAAAUCAACUUAUAUAAUAUG